UUCCCUCAGCUCCCUUGUCCUGGGGCCGGCCCAGCCCCUGACUCUGCAGGGUGCAGCGCCCCCUCCCUUCUUGUUUGCUUUGAAACUUCCAGUCUGAUCUUACGGAGUUGCACGCUCUUAGACCGAACCACUGCUCCAGAGAGGUGUCCCCGCUGGAUCGGGAGUUUCCUCGUUAAUCGUACCCUCACGGCUUCCUUUCAGAUCUUUUAUCGCGCUCUAACACCGCGCGGCUAAGCAGAGAUACGUGUAGAAAACAUAGACGGGUAGCUGCUGCUAUUUGGCUGUGAUUUAAAGGACUAAUGUCCCCACCCCUGUAGGUGGAGGGAUGGUAGAGGUCCGCUGCAAGGUUGCCCCUGGGGAGUUUGUUACUGUUGGUAGAGGAGGGGAAUUGCCAUGCUUUACAGUGCGCUGCUAGUUCACACUACAGUAGCACAGAGGAUUCAUGUUCUGAGAAAGCAAGUGCUCUGUUCCGGGUUAUAUUGUGGGACUUCGCCAAUGUAACAGAAGCAGCGCCGAGGAAGCAGAAGCCACUACUGUAGGCACAUCACUCAGUGCGGUCCAUGCUUACUGGGAAGAUGCCCGUGAGAGGAGACAGGUUAUUUGCCCAUCAGUUCCCUCCGCCUCAUCACAGCAGCAAGAAUUUAUCAGCAUGGCUUGGGGCCUCUAGCAUGGAAGAACUCAUAUGGGAGCAGUUCACAGUGACCUUGCAAAAGGAUAGCAAAAAGGGGUUUGGCAUUGCUGUCUCUGGAGGCAAAGAUAAUCCCCAUUUUGAAAAUGGAGAACCUUCAAUUGUCAUCUCAGAUGUGCUUCCUGGUGGCCCAGCAGAUGCCUUUCUACAAGUAAAUGAUCGUGUGGUUAUGGUUAACGGGACCUUAAUGGAUAAUGUGCUCCAUUCAUUUGCUGUUCAGCAGCUUCGGAAAUGUGGAAAAACAGCUGUCAUAGUUGUGAAAAGACCCCGAAAAGUUCAGGUCACUGCAAGGAGGUCACCUUCUCCUGAGCUGGACCCUAGAGAUAUUGACGCUGUGGAUGAUGAUGGCCCUUUUGAUCACAGAAGUGCUUACAGCGGCUACAGUGAGAGUUGGCAUAGUGGAAACGGUCAUCACAGUAGAGACUCGAGUCCAGACAGAGGCUAUAGCAAGAACCAGGACAGAGGUCGUUCCUAUGACAUGGACCAAGACCGGGCCCGUGGGCCGAGCCGGGAGAGGGACCUCGAUGAUGAGCGAGAAUACAGACGAGAGCGCAGUAGGGGUAGAAGCCUAGAGCGUGACCAUAGUGAAGAACGUAGAUACAGAACUGAUCACAAGAAGAUUGUGGACAGAGAGGAAUCCUUUGAACGCAGCUACAGCGGAGACUACAGCCCAGAUCGGAGCAAUGGCAAGAGACUAGCACCUGACUACAGAAGUGAGAAGGAGAUGCCAGUCUAUCGCACUCGUGAAAGGCUUCAGUCCCACAGCCCUUCACCUGAACCACACAGACAAGCUGUUUCAGCUUACAAAGGACUAGAUAAACCCAUCAGUGUUCUGCUUAGUAAGAACAAGCCCAGUGAAGAAUAUGGUUUGCGACUUGGCAGUCAGAUUUUCAUAAAAGAAAUGACAAAUACAGGUCUUGCAAGAAGAGAUGGAAACCUCUAUGAAGGAGACAUUGUUCUUAAGAUAAAUGGCACUGUCACAGAAAAUAUGUCUCUAACAGAUGCUCGAAAACUAAUAGAGAGGUCCAGAGGGAAACUUCAGCUGUUAGUGCAGAGGGAUGCCAGUCAGACCCUUAUCAAUAUCCCUGCACUGGAUGAUAGCGACUCUGAUAUAGGAGAUAUUUCUGAUAUAGAAUCCAAUCGUUCCAAUUCACCUCUGGAAGACAGCCGACAGCAUUCUGACUCUCAUUCUUCCACUGAAAAACUGAGAGAGAAAAGCAGCUCCAAAGAAGACCCUCCCAACAGACUAGCUAAAAUGGGAGCCAUGCCUACUCCAUUUAAAGUAGUGGGUACAACAGAAACACCCCCUCCGGUCUCUGUUAGCUAUGUAAUCCCUGAGAAAAUCAAGGAGGAAGAACGUAAAGAAGAGGCACCAGUAGAACUGCCUAUAGCUGCUCCCAAGGUGUUUCUGCAACCAACCCCUGAAGAUGAAGAAAUAUAUGGACCCGGUACCAAAAUGAUCAAGUUUGUUAAAGGGGACACUGUUGGCAUGCGCCUGGCUGGUGGAAAUGACGUUGGUAUAUUUAUUGCCGGAGUGCAGGAGGGCAGUGCUGCUGAACAGCAGGGACUUCAAGAAGGAGAUCAGCUGCUUAAGGUAAAUACUCAGGACUUCAGAGGCAUAGCUAGAGAGGAGGCAGUUCUCUACCUGUUGGAAGUCCCUAAAGGAGAAGAAGUUACCAUUCUAAGUCAGAGCAGAAAUGAUGUGUACAAAAACAUACUUGCCUGUGGCCGGGGAGACUCAUUCUUUAUAAGGACACAUUUUGAAUAUGAGAAAGAAGCUCCACAGUUUUUGUCGUUUACAAGAGCCGAGAUUUUCCGAGUAGUUGAUACACUCUAUGAUGGGAAACUUGGCAACUGGCUGUCUGUGAGGAUUGCCAAUGAGCUGGAAAAGGGCCUUAUUCCAAGUAAAAGCAGAGCAGAUCAGUUGGCCAGUGUUCAGCUUGCUCAAAGAGGGGCCACUGGAGACAGAGCGGAUUUCUGGAAAAAUCGGGGCCAAAGAUCCGGAGCUAAAAAGAAUGCAAGGAAGAGCCGUGAUGACCUCACUAGCGUUUCUAUAGUUAGCACUAAGUUUCCAGCUUAUGAAAGAGUGCUGCUUCGAGAAGCUGGCUUUAAAAGACCUGUUGUGGUAUUCGGCCCUAUUGCUGAUGUAGCAAUGGAAAAACUGGCAAGUGACAUGCCAAGCCUAUAUCAAAUUGCCAAGACUGAGCCCAAAGAUGCUGGCUCUGACAAAUCUUCUGGCGUUGUGCGGUUGAAUACAGUGAGAAUGAUAAUUGAGCAGGAUAAACAUGCAUUGCUGGAUGUGACUCCCAAAGCCGUUGAUCUCCUGAACUACACACAGUGGUUCCCCAUAGUUGUGUUAUUUAACCCAGACAGUAAGCAAGGAGUCAAAACCAUGAGACAAAGGCUGUGUCCCACAUCAAACAAAAGUUCCAAAAAACUGUACGACCAGGCAAUUAAACUCAAGAAGACAUGCCCUCAUCUUAUUACAGCCACUAUCAAUCUAAGCUCAGCCAAUGACAGCUGGUAUGGCAGCAUAAAAGAUGCGAUCAAGGAACAGCAGACCCAAGCAGUCUGGGUAUCUGAAGGAAAGGCUGAAGGAGCAGAUGAGGAUGAUGACCGCAUGUCAUACCUGACCGCAAUGGGAGCGGACUACCUGAGCUGUGACAGUCGCUUAGUCAGUGACUUUGAGGACACGGAUGGUGAGGGUGGCGCAUACACUGACAAUGAGCUAGAUGAGCUUGUUGAUGAUCCACCGCCUGUGUCUGCCAUUAGCCGUUCAUCAGAACCUGUGCUCCAAGAAGAGCCUGUUGCUAAACCUGUGCCAGAGCCACGAGGACAGAUGAAAAAAGCUGGAAGCAGAGAAAUGCUAAGGGAUCCCAGUCCACCUCCCACAUUCAAGCCAGAACCACCAAAGGUAAAGGCACAAAGCAAAGAGGAUAUCUAUGAUUUGCCACGAUCCACUGAGGCAAAGCGAAUCAGCAGUGAGAUCUCAGGAGGUUCUGCCAAGGCAAUUCCUCCACCAACUGCAGCUAAGCCUGUUUUUGCAGGAAAGCCAAUUUUGAAGGCACCAGUUGUGGUUAACCCUUCUCCAGUUGCGGUUAACCCUUCUCCAGAAGAAGUAAGCGCCAUUAAGGAAGGAGCUGAUGUUCCAAAAUCUGUUUUAGGAAAGGUCAAAAUAUUUGAAAAAAUGGACUUCAGUGCAAGAACACAAAGGCUACAAGAACUGCAAGAGGCUCAAAAUGCAAGGCUGGAGCUCGCCCAGAAACUUCCUGAUAUUUAUGCUGUGCCAGUAAAGUCACAGAAAAAUGAACAGACUCGGCCGCAGCAAACAAGUUCUCGGCCACCAGAGCCCCAAAAACCCCCUUCCAGAACCUACCAAGAUAACAGAGCAAGCUAUGGCAGCGACGAAGAGGAAGAAGAGUAUCGGCGCCAGCUGGCUGACCAAUCAAAGCGCGGCUAUUAUUCCCAGCCUUCAAAAUACAGAGAUACAGAGCUGUGAAACUCCUGCAGAGACUACAUUUUGGACUUAACUGCAGAGAUGAUUAAGAGAACGGACUACUUAUAUGUGGGCUGAUACUGUAAAGUCUUAUAGACUGUAUAUAUAUAUCAGGAAGUCACAUGUAACUUAUGGUACAGGUAGUAUGCAUCUCAGUUUUUUUGACACAUUGGAGAUAUGUGGAAAUGUUUUCCUUAUACAGACACUGGAGUUAUUCCUUAUACUGAACUGGAAAUAUUCAUCCUACAGAGGCAGGCUUUUGUGAGUUUGUAUCCAUCUGCUCAUUUGUUUGAUGCUGGGGAAAUAUAAUCAACUAUCCCCAUACAAACUGCUGAUGGAUUUGGAGGUCGGUAAUGUGGAUGUGGUAACUCAUGGAUCUGACAUUCCAAAACAUGUUUUUGUAAGUGCCUUGCUACAAUAAUGUCUUAUAUCAAGGAUGCCAUGCAUGUGGCCAUAAAACUUUUGUGGAGUAUAGCUACUGUUGAGGAUGCUGGGAACUGUAGUUAACAACAGCUGAGAGAGCUUCCAGUUUGACAUCCCUAAGGUAGACAUUUCUUGCACUAUAACAAAAACCUAAAACAAUGUUGAAUGGGUAAUCCUUUGUUUUGCUGUGUAUCUAAGUAAUACAUGAUGAACUGCUUUAAAAAUGAAUUGGUUAUUAAAGCUUUCUUGUCAGAUCUGGCUGUUACAAAGACAAGAUUCUAAAUGCUUUACCAUUCUAUAUAAAAUACUGUUCCUAUGGACAUAAACAACUGAUAAUAAAAUCAUAUUUUUCUCCCUU